CCAACGACAGCCGAAGAAGAGAAGAAGAGAUAUAAAAAAAUAGCGGCAAAAAGUUGGCAUUUUAUUAUACACACAUUCGGUGUGCUUCACAUAAAGAAGCGACACAAUAAGAAGAAAACUACUAAAAGAAGUGUGAGAGAAACAAAGCGGCCGAACCGAGCGAAAUUGACAACGAAUAAGAAGAAGCAGAACGGUUGUCAUCUCUGUUGAAACACAUACAGCGCCGGUUGGUAUUUUCUCAUAUUCGUUGUUCGACACAUUGUGUACAGUCAUUGAAAAUUCAUAAUUUCAACGCAGUGAAUCUCAUCAAUUAACUUUUGGAAAUGGCAUCAACUACAACUAAAAAACCAAAGGAUGAAGGCUUGGCCGACGGUGAAUCCGAGUUCUUGGAACAAAUUGAUACGUGCCAAAAUGAAAUCGAUUCGUUGAAUGAAAAGGCGUCGGAAGAAAUACUGAAGGUUGAACAGAAGUACAAUAAAUUACGAAAGCCGCUAUUUGAGAAGCGCAACGACAUCAUUAAAAACAUUCCAAACUUUUGGGUCACAGCCUUCAUAAAUCACUCGCAAAUCUCGGGUUUGUUGGAAGAAGAGGAAGAGGAAUGCUUGCACUUCUUGGGCAAGGUGGAGGUGGAAGAAUUUGAAGACAUCAAAUCGGGUUAUCGCAUCAAUUUCCAUUUCGAUGAAAAUCCAUUCUUCGAAAAUAAGCUGCUGACAAAGGAAUUUUGCUUGAGCGGCGCCUCUGGCCCAGUGUCAAAAAGCACCACAAUUGAAUGGAAAGAAGGCAAAGAUUUGCGAAAAUCAAACAAACACCAACAACAGCAAAGUAAUCGACGAAAACGACCAUUCGAAUUUAAAACGUUCUUCGAUUGGUUCAGUGAUAACAGCGAUCCAGUUAAUGAUGAAAUAGCCGAAUUGCUGAAAGAUGAUCUUUGGCCAAAUCCACUGCAGUACUAUCUUGUACCAGAUAUUGAAGUUGAACCGGAAGAAAAUAGUGGUGAAGAAUAUGGCGAAGAAGAGCAAUACGACGAUGACGAAGAAAUCGAAGAAGAAGCUGAGGAUGAGAAGAAGUAGGAUGUGCGUUUAUUUUCUAUAAAAAUCAGAAAUCGUGACCGCAUCGUUCAUCACACGCACCCAUACAUUCAAUUGAAUCCAGCAAAACCACAAAAUUCUUUUUAGAAAAUAAACGAAGAAAAAACCAACAGUAUCACACUAUAUUAAGCAGACGACUACUGAUUAGAUUUAUUUAAGAAAAUUGACUUUUUAAAGUAUUUCAACUGUAUCUAAAUACAACAAACUAAAAUUAUCCAAAUCUUCAUGGGUCGUUCAGUCUAUUUAGGACUUAAAAAAAAAUCAAGUAUCAACAAAAAUCGAAUUUUAACACAUGAAUCAGUAGUUUGAUGUAAACACACACAUACACACAAACAAAAAUCUAAUAAAUUUCAUAAUAAGUUUUCAAA